UACACAGUGAGCUAACUUGUUAGAGAGCUUUAUCACCAAUUCAAAACACUUUGGAAAAUCGAGCUUUGUUCAGUUGACUUUCCUUCUUUGUUCCUAACGGGGCCCAGUUCCUCUGUGGAAGAUUGAUGAGAGUACAAUCAAGGUCUCGAAGUAUAUCCACAACAGAGUCAGUUACAGUCUUCAUUGGAACGGCUACAGUUUAUUGGAUAGUAUCCACCAGAGAGGACUGGGCAGACAAAAGGCGACAGACAGAUCAACAUUAUGGCAUCAGCAGGUCUACAGCUCCUUGCUUUUAUUCUAGCCUUAUCUGGAAUUUGUGGCAUAAUCACAGCCACACUAUUGCCAAACUGGAAGGUAAAUGCAAACGUGGGAUCAAAUAUCAUAACAGCUAUUAUUCAACUUCAAGGGCUGUGGAUGGAUUGCACAUGGUACAGCACCGGGAUGUUCAGCUGCACGCUGAAACACUCGAUCCUAGCCCUCCCUGUCCAUGUGCAAGCUGCACGGACCACCAUGGUACUGGCUUGCAUCCUCUCAGCUUUGGGGAUUUGCAUUUCCACAGUGGGCAUGAAAUGUACACGUUUAGGAGGGGACAGAGAAACCAAAAGCCGUACUACUUUUGCUGGAGGAGUAUGUUUUAUUCUCUCAGGUGUAUCUGGCUUAAUACCCACAUCAUGGUACAUGAAAGAGAUCAUUUCAAAUUUCUGGGACCCAACAAUCCCAGAGCACAAUAAACAUGAACCUGGAGGAGCUAUCUACCUUGGAUUUAUUUCAACAGUACUACUAUUUCUUGCAGGUGUGAUUUUCUGCACUUCUUGUUUAAAAAGGCAUCAAGAAACUAGGCACCAUCCUCCCAAGCAGCAGGGUAGCUUAAGCACUCAGCCAGAGAACAAUGCAGGCUAUAACCUGAAGGAUUAUGUAUAAAGAAUUGUGUGCUAUAUAUGGCGAAUGAAAUGCCAGGAAUGUUUAUUUUUUUUUACUUUAGAUUAAAAACAAAUCACAAUCAUACUCAAUUGUCUUCAUUAGAUGCUAUAGUGCAUUACUAUUAACAAGGUAUUUUAUAUUGCAAGAUUUUUUUUAACUGCUGGUUACUUUCACAUUUAACACUCAAGGUUUAUUUGAAAAAGCAUUAUAAGGCAAUUGGUGGCUAACUGAUGUUAUAGCUUACUUGUUGAAGUUUAAGUUGGAACUAUAUGCCAAAAUGUAUGCUUCUGAUGUUUCAUUUUGAGUAUUCAACAGGACUAAAAUUUGGACUAAAGCUCUGUGUCCUGCUUUUAACCAGAAGUAACAUCUGUUUUUGCUUUCCAAUUCUCUAACACCAUGGUAACUCGGUUCUUUUUUUUUAAGCCACAACAUAUAAUUGCAUGUCAGGAGCUGAAGAGCUGUCAUUGCCAUUCAGAUAUUGCCAAAAAUGUCCCUCCCAAGUCCCCACCUGCUGUUCAGUAUCUCUGGCCCUCUUUCUCUUUUGCAUUUCAAGGGAAAUGUUUACAUAAGUUUCCAACUGUUUUUAAUCUUUCAGCCAAACAGUUUAGGCUCCAUCUAAGAGGGAACAAAUUGGUAAAUGUCAUUAGGAAAAAGAAAAUACUUAGGACCUUUAACCUACUGAAUAUAAGCUAUAUGAUACUAAUAAAUGGGAAAAAAUAACAUGACUAUCCUUCAUACGUGUGAGCUCUUUGGGAAUUAUUCUUUCAUUUAUUUCCAAUCAUUUAGAUUUUCUACCUCCUUCAUGUAAUCUUAGGUAAACUGUCAUCUACGUAUGACAAAUGCUUAUUUUCAAAUUCUUUGCCCCUUUAUUUCCAGGCCUGAUUUAAGUAUACAAGGUCACUAUUUUCUUUUAAAUGGAUAAACUACUUCUAACUAAAGUGAAGGUGUUUUGAAUAAAAGAAAGCAUCAUAUGACUAUUUUGUUUUGGUCCAAAUCUAUAAUGGUGUAGGGAACUCCUGAUAAGACUCCGUCUGUCAAAGCUAAUUACCAGCUGCUGUGCAACUUAUAAAAAUCUCUCAAAAGAUUGGCAUGAAGGCACUGCCAGGUUAAGUGAUGUAUCUGUGGUUGUACUGCCAGAAUGCAUCACAGGCUGGCCUUGACUCCCAGUCCUCCUAUCACUGCGAUGCUUUUGUCUCUGAUGAAUCUAAGGUUACCAAAUAUAAAACUUUAAUCUGGAAGAGAAAAAAAUCUGAUUUGCAUAUGUCUGUUUCGGUAGAAAGGAAACAGGACAACCUUGAUUUGGGAGUAUUCAAUAAAGCUGAUAUAUUUAAGUCAAUUUUAUAGUCCAGUAAUAUAACUUUCCAAUUAU